AUGGGAAAAGGUAAGAAUAAGACGCACGAACCUAAAAAUGAAAGACAACAGAGAGGCGCUAAUGGGCACAGUGCAAGGCAAAACCACAAGCACAUGGAAAUGAAGUAUGAUAAAUCGGAAAAGAUGAAAUUUCCUGUUAAACUGGCUAUGUGGGAUUUUGACCAUUGUGAUCCGAAAAGGUGCAGCGGCAAGAAACUCGAAAGGUUGGGUUUAAUCAGAUCAUUAAGAGUGGGGCAAAAAUUUCAAGGUGUUGUGGUUUCACCAAACGGUCAGGGCGUAGUUUGUCCCAAUGAUCUCGAGAUUGUUGAACAACAUGGUGCCUCAGUUGUUGAAUGUUCUUGGGCCCGUUUAGAAGAAGUGCCUUUCAACAAAAUAGGCGGUAAGUAUGAAAGAUUGCUGCCAUAUUUGGUGGCUGCUAAUCAAGUCAAUUACGGGAGACCGUGGAGGCUUAAUUGUGUUGAGGCAUUGGCUGCUUGUUUCGCUAUUGUUGGUAAAAUGGAUUGGGCAAGCGAAUUGCUGUCGCAUUUCUCGUGGGGACUGGGAUUUUUAGAUUUAAACAAAGAAUUGCUUGAAAUUUAUCAGCGCUGUACCGAUGCUGACUCUGUAAAGAAAGCUGAAAAAGAAUGGUUGGAGAAGUUAGAAAUGGAAACUCAAGAGCGUAAAUCUCACACUAAAAAGACAGAUAUAUGGAUGAUGGGUAACAUAAAUAGGAGAGGUAAUGGAGUGCAAUCUGAUGAAUUAGAAAGCGGAGAAGACUCGGAGCAAUCGGGGUUGGAAAAUAGCGAACAACCCAUUGAAUAUGACGCUCUCGGUAACGCCAUUCAUGUCGAUUCCGUAAAGAGCCGAAUAAUGCUAUCUGGGGUAUCCGAAGAUGAAGAAAGCGAUUUUGGAGAGAAUGAAAAGCCUGUGAACUAUGACUCUUUAGGUAAUUUAAUAUAA